GAUCGCGGAUGGACGCGCGCCGGGUCGGCGGCGGGCGCAUCGGGGCGACGCGGAGGGCGCUGCCCCUGCCGAUGCGGAUCACCAACGGCCUGGCCAUGGUCUCGCUUGUGCUCUCCUCCUUCGACCUGCUCCGCCUCUGCAGCGACAGGGGGCGGCCCCUCAGGUUCCCCCUCGGCGGCCGGGAGCUCGCCACCGUGGUGUGCCAGCUCGCCUCCGUCGUCUACCUCCUCAGCCUGUUCGCCCACUCUGAUGCCCCCGCCACCAGUGGCGACGACGACGAGGGCGGCCCCGCCGCCGACGCCGAGCCCGCGCCAAUGCAUGGCGCGGGGAUGGAGGGCGGGGACGAGGAGAUCGUCGCCGCGGUGGUGUCCGGCGCGCUGCCGUCGCACCGCCUUGAGUCGCGGCUCGGGGACUGCCGCCGCGCGGCCAGGCUGAGGCGGGAGGCGCUGCGGCGGGUCACGGGGCGAGGAGUGGAGGGGCUACCCUUCGAGGGGAUGGACUACCAGGCCAUCCUGGGGCAAUGCUGUGAGAUGCCCGUCGGGUACGUGCAGCUGCCCGUGGGGGUCGCCGGCCCGCUGAUCCUCGACGGGCGCGAGUACCAUGUUCCCCUGGCCACUACCGAAGGGUGCCUCGUUGCCAGCGUCAACCGCGGGUGCAGGGCCAUCGCGGCGUCCGGCGGCGCCAUCAGCGUUCUGCUCCGGGACGCCAUGUCCCGCGCUCCUGCGGUCAAGUUGCCUUCGGCAAAGCGGGCAGCGGAGCUCAAGGCGUUUGUUGAGGCGCCUGCCAAUUUUGAGUUGCUGGCUUCUGUCUUCAAUAGAUUCAUCUUCCCAAUAACCAUCCAACUCAUUGCAUGUUUGGGCAGUGUCAUGGUUCCAAUGGCUACUUUUUUACCUUUUUGCAUUUUCGCAGUGUAUUCUUCAAGGACUUACAGAGCUAAGUGCAGCAGAUUUGGUAGGCUUCAAGACAUUCAUUGUGCACUAGCUGGGAGGAACCUAUACAUGAGAUUUACCUGUAUUACUGGAGAUGCUAUGGGAAUGAAUAUGGUGUCAAAAGGUGUUGAGAAUGUCUUGGGCUAUCUGCGGAAUGACUUCCCUGACAUGGAUAUCAUCAGCAUAUCUGGUAACUAUUGCUCAGAUAAGAAGCCGACAGCUGUUAACUGGAUUGAAGGCCGUGGGAAAUCUGUUGUUUGCGAGGCUACUAUUAAAAGGGACGUUGUGCAGAAAGUUCUUAAGACCACUACAGAAAAACUUGUCGAGCUUAACAUUAUCAAAAAUCUUGCUGGAUCAGCUGUAGCUGGAGCUCUCGGUGGUUUUAAUGCCCAUGCAAGUAAUAUUGUUACUGCAUUAUUCAUCGCUACAGGACAGGAUCCUGCACAAAAUGUUGAAAGCUCACAAUGCAUCACCAUGUUGGAGACAGUAAAUGAUGGAGAUGAUCUUCACAUCUCCGUCACCAUGCCAUCCAUUGAGGUUGGCACAAUCGGGGGUGGUACAUGUCUGGCCUCACAGGCCGCUUGUUUGAACCUGCUUGGUGUGAAGGGUUCAAUUCAUGACUUACCAGGUGCAAACGCUCAACGUUUAGCUACCAUAGUAGCUGGCAGCGUGCUUGCCGGUGAGCUCUCGCUCCUUGCCGCUCUUGCUGCUGGUCAGCUUGUCAAGAGCCACAUGGAGUACAAUCGAUCAAGCAAGGAUAUCACUAAGGCUGCUUCUUAAGCAGCCCUUCGCGUUUAGACAGGAAUUGCCCUGAUGAGCUUGUCGGAGAAGCAAAUGAGAAAUGGGCUUGUACAUACUGCUGAUAAGAGAGCGAUUCUUUAGUCUCAGACCCUUCUUGGGGCUGCGAGGUGCCAAAUGCAGCCUGUAUUGCUAGCAUAAUGUGUGAGAAGUCAUUAACCUAUAGUGCAGUUUCCGGCUGUAAUUUAACCCUUCAGGCAUUAUUUUUAUUCUUCUGUAAUCAGUAUUUUCUGUGUUAUAGCAACAGGUCAGAUUAAUGUCAGAUCAACUUUGUGUGCACAAGGUAGCUCAAUACUCCUUGUUUACAGCAUAGAGAACUCGAGUGUGUGUAUUCCUAUAUAUCCCCGUGCUGAAUUUGUAUGUGGUCGGCCUGCGUUGUACAUGUUGAUGGGUGCAUCUCAAGUGGAUCAAAGAUAGAACGCACCAUGGUGUGCUU